AUGGCAGGAAACAAUGAUGCCCGCAGCCAGGUUGAUAUUGACAAUAGCGUGUUGCACACGCUCGUCCAGUCAAAUCCCAAGAUAGCAGUGCUCCAAAGCGAGGCCAAAGUCGCUACCGAAGCCGAGCAUGGCAUGACUGUGCGCGACGCGGUCAAGCGAUACCCCAAAGCCGUUGCAUGGUCUAUACUGUUCUCCACGGCCAUCAUAAUGGAAGGAUACGAUAUCGUCCUGGUGUCGGCAUUCUUCGCUUACCCAUCCUUUCAGAAAAAGUUCGGAGAAUCGGUGGAUAACGGCGCUACUUACCAGGUUCCGGCGCCAUGGCAGUCAGGGCUUUCCAAUGGAGCGCGAGUCGGCGAGAUCAUAGGGUUAUUUAUCAAUGGUAUUCUCGCAGAGACAUUUGGAAUGAAGCGGACUAUGAUUGGUACUUUGGUCCUACUCUGUGGUCUGAUUUUCAUUUCAUUCUUUGCCCAAAAUAUCCAAACACUGCUUGCUGCGGAAAUUCUUAUGGGCAUACCCUGGGGUGUCUUUCAGACACUGACGACCUCUUACGCUGCUGAGGUGUGUCCAGUUGCUCUGAGAGGGUAUCUCACAACCUAUGUCAAUAUGAUGUGGGGAGUAGGACAGCUGCUUGCGACUGGAGUCCUUCGUGCUCUUUUGUCACGUACCGAUGAGUGGUCGUACAGAAUCCCGUUUGCAUUACAAUGGAUAUGGCCUGUACCACUCAUUGUCGGGAUCGUCUUCGCGCCCGAAUCUCCAUGGUGGCUUGUUCGUAAGGAACGUUUUGAAGAGGCAAGGAAAUCUCUGAGGAGGCUCACUUCUGCCGCAUCAGAUAAUGAGCUUGAUAAUACGAUUUCAAUGUUGAGACAUAGUGACGCAAUCGAGAAAGAGCUAUCGGCGGGGACCUCGUAUGUGGAUUGUUUCAAAGGAACUAAUCUUCGGCGCACCGAGAUUGCUUGUAUUGCAUGGGUUAUUCAAGCAGCAUCUGGGGCAUCGCUCAUGGGUUAUUCGGCUUACUUCUUCGAGCAAGCCGGAUUGCCGACUACCAUUGCCUUUGAUUUUUCCAUGGCUCUCUAUUCCAUUGCUAUCGUUGGCGUUUUCAUCUCUUGGUGGGUUAUGACUUACCUUGGCCGACGGACCAUCUACAUAGGCGGUCUUAGCAUGCUGUUUCUCGUGCUUAUGGGGGUUGGCUUUUCCAGCCUUGCACACAACACUAGCGCAAACUAUGCCACAGGUAUUCUGUUAUUAGUUUUCACGCUCUUCUACGAUAUCACCAUUGGAACUGUUUGUUACUCUAUUGUGGCAGAGAUUCCAUCCAGCCGGCUACGCACGAAAACUAUUGUUCUGGCCCGCAUUGCGUACAAUAUCCAGGGUACAAUUAAUGGAGUCAUUACUCCAGACAUGAUUAAUCCAACAUAUUGGAACUGGAAAGGCAAGGCGGGAUUCUUCUGGGCCGGACUGUGUUUUAUAUGUUUUGUUUGGAGUUAUUUUCGACUACCUGAACCCAGGGGACGAACAUAUGCUGAGUUGGACAUUUUGUUUGAGCAGAAAGUGUCUGCGCGAAAAUUUGGUUCCACCGCUUUGGAUAUAUUCGAUAAUGUACCAGAUUCUUUCGAGGAAAAGCGGAUAGAGGAAGCAAUUUAA